GGAAAUAGGUGACGGCAAUGACUGGUUGUAUUGUAUAAUACCAAAAAAUUGAUCCACUCGCUGUUUAUACAAGUAGAUAUGGUAGAAUGAGGUGAAAAUCAUUUUCCCCUCGUCGGUUGAUUGCUUCUGAUCUCUGUGUCUUUCAUCAUCAGCAAUUGUCUUUUAUAUUGUUCCCUACUCCAAAAAGACGUCUUGGACGAAUUAUUUUUGGACCAUCCCAUGGAAUUUGGAAAAAAUUGCCGCGAUGUCCGCAUCUCACACCCUCGGGUCAUCGAGCAAUAAUCAUAGCAUCAUUGAAACAUCGAAUUCACCAAAGCCCUCACGUUAUCGUCAAUUCAUCGAUGAUUUAUCCAUAAAUCGCAAUGCAUAUUUCCUCACAGUCGUAGCCUCAUUUGGCGGCAUGUUUUUCGGUUGGGAUACCGGACUUAUCGGUGGAAUCCUCACGAUGUCCUCGUUUCAAGAUUCCUUUGGACUCAACAAAGACUCCUCAAAUUACACUAAUGUUUCGGGGAAUAUUGUUUCUGUCCUACAGGGAGGAUGUUUUUUUGGUGCUAUGUCGAGUUUUUAUAUUAGUGAUGUUUUUGGUAGAAAAAAGGCAUUGUUCGUAGCCGAUUUCAUCUUCUUGGCUGGGUCUAUCAUUCAGACUACCAGUGGGAUUGGAACGACGAGUUUGGGACAACUUUAUGCUGGAAGGUUCAUUGGAGGAUUUGGAGUUGGAUUGGUGAGUGCGGUUGUACCGACUUACAUUGGAGAGAAUGCCAGUAAGGAAAUUAGGGGGAGAUGCGUGGGGUGUAUGCAGUUAUUCAAUGUAACUGGUAUAAUGCUCGCCUACUUCAUAAAUUAUGGCAUGAACAAAAACGUAGCGGGCAAUAAUCCACUUAAAUGGCGGAUUCCUUUCGCUUUACAAAUGCUUCCAGGUGUUUUUCUCGGUCUCGGACUAUUUUUCCAAAAUGAAAGUCCUCGAUGGCUCGUUGAAAAAGACCAACACGAAAAGGCCCUUCAUGCGCUUUCUCGCGUCCGUCGUCGUUCUCCUAUCGAUCCACUGAUUCAACGCGAAUACAAUGAGAUCAUUGCAGACUUCCACGGCAAGGAGAAAUUAACUCUCCUUCGACAAAUGAAACUCACGGUUUCCAAUAAAUCUUCAUUCUACGCUGUUUCUCUAAGUGCAAUCCUCAUGUUCUGGCAGCAAUGGACUGGGACAAACAGUAUCAAUUAUUAUUCUCCACAAAUAUUCGAAACGGUUGGUUUGAAAGGUACAUCUGCGGGACUUUUUGCAACAGGAAUCUAUGGUGUCGUGAAGGUUUGCAUUACUGCACUAGGACUUAUGUUUGCGACAGAGCAAGUAGGAAGAAAAUGGUGUUUGAUUGUAGGAGGAUUGGGUCAAGCAUUUGCUAUGUUUUAUAUUGGUAUAAACCAAGCUGUGAAUCCUCCAAUCGACGGAGCACCUUUAAACGGAAACUCCAUCUUCGCAAUUAUCUGCGUCUAUCUCUUUGUAGUGUUUUAUUCCUUUGGUUGGGGACCCAUUCCAUUUGUUCUCAGUUCUGAAUGUUCCCCCAACCAUCUUCGCAGUUUUAGUAUGGCACUUGCUAUUGCAGUACAAUGGUUAUUCAACUUUGUCAUCUCGAAGAUCACGCCAUAUAUGCUGAGUGGGAUUACGUAUGGAACAUUCUUGCUCUUUGGCGGAUGUUGUAUAUUGAUGACGAUUUAUGCGGUCAUUUGUGUUCCAGAGACAAAGAAUGUCCCACUAGAGAGAAUUCAUACUCUUUUCGAAGGAGAGAUUAUAAAAGGGGCAUGCAAGGAUACCAUUCCUCGAUUGAGAAGAUCCAAUAUGUUGAGGGAGAUGAGGAGGGACGGAGAUGAAGAUGAUUUAGGGAAGGGAGACGAUAAUGGGAUGAGUGUACAUGUUGACAGGGUAGAUGGAAGGGUUUAGAAGAGAAAUGAGAUGCAUUCAAUGAUGAGAUGGAGCCUAGGUAGAAAGUAUGCAAGGAAAUAUUGGAUGAACAUGAAUGCGUUUAUGAACAUAAAGAAAAGUCGAGUAUAUGAAUGGGAACUCCACCACCUUGGAACGUCCAGAAAAGUUCUCUCCAUCUCAGAAUGAAACACAAUGUAUAAGUCUGCUCCGCAUCAUACUUUGCAGAGCUACUCGCGGGAUCUUGUGUUAUGUUAUAGGAACGAUUUCGAUCAUUUAUAUUCAUCGGAUACAUCAUUGCAGUCUGUGGAAGUUAUCAACUGGCAAAAGAACUUGUUUGGCAACCUCAUAGUUAUGGGCUUAAUCCUAGAUAAGAAUAAUUGACCACGCAGC